AUGAAAUGCUUUUUCUGGAAUAUUAGGGGUGUGGCUAACACCCCCUCUAGGCUGGCUUUGAAAAGAGUUAUUCAAACUCUAAAGCCUGAUAUUAUUCUAUUAGUUGAACCAUGGAUGCAGUAUGACAAAUUUCCAGCUUCCUGGUUGGACAGACUGGAUAUGAAGUUGUUUGUAUUUAAUAAUAGAAAUCAACUUAAUCCCAACUUGUGGUGUAUCUGCAAGAAGGAUAUAAAUCCGUUAGUUCUCAAUUGUGAUAGUCAACAUGUCGCUUUUACAAUCAACUAUUUGAAUCAUACUUUUGGAAUUGCAGCUGUAUAUGCAUCAACCUGUCAUGUUAAUAGAAGGCAACUAUGGUGUAGUUUGGCUUCUCUUAUGGUUGGGGACACCCCUUGGUGCUUCAUUGGAGACUUUAAUGUCAUCUUGGGGUGUCAUGAACAUAAAGGAAAUUUCUUUCCUGCCAAAGGUCUCAUGGCAGAAUUUCAAAUAUGGACUGACUCUUAUAAUAUGCUCCGUAUUCCCACUAAUGGUCCAUGGUUCACCUGGAAUAAUGGUAGGCAGGGGAAGGCUCAUACUGAAAAGAGACUUGAUAGGGCAGUGUGUAAUCAGAAAUGGUUAGAGGUUUGCAGCAAGCUUGCACUUACUAGUCUCAUUAGGAACAGAUCUGAUCAUCAUCCUCUCUUGAUGGAUUUUGACAUGAAUGAAGCUAUGCAUAGAGCUAAUUUUAAGUUCCUUAAAAUGUGGUCUUUGAACUCAUCUUGCAAAGAAGUAGUAGCUAAUUCUUGGAAAGAAGAGGUUAUAGGAUGUCCCAUGUUCAUUUUAUCUACUAAAUUAAAACGGCUCAAAGAAAAGCUCAAAAUUUGGAACAAGGAAAUCUUUGGCAAUGUACAUGAACAAGUUGUGGUUGCUGAAAAAAGGCUGCAGGAAAUCCAAGAAGAGAUACAUGAUACUGGAUUUAAUGACCAAUUGAGAAACUUAGAGAGAAAAUCUCAAAUUAAUUUGGAUGAGGCUCUUCUUAGGCAAAAUUGGUUUUGGCAAGAGAAGGCAAAGGUGAGAGACUUUUUGCUUACUGACAACAAAGAAAUCACGGAAUACAUUACGAAUUAUUUCAAAAAUUUGUUUACCUCCAACAGCGGAAUUGUACAGGAUCAAGAAUUUGUAGAUGAUGUAAUUCCAAAUUUGGUUGAUGAAGGAUCCAAUGUCAUUUUGACUAUGCUACCUUCAUCUUUGGAGAUAAAAAAUGCGGUAUUUGCUUUGAACAAAGAUGGAGCGCGGGGGCCUGACGGUUAUGGAGCAUUUUUCUAUCAAACUUUUUGGGAUAUUAUUCAUAAAGAUGUGGAACUAGCAACUUUAGAAUUUUUCAAAACAGGCUGGUUGUUGCCCAAUUUCAACGCCAAUAUCUUGGCCCUUUUGCCUAAAGUAAAUGGUGCUAAUUCCUUGGGGAAAUUCAGGCCAAUAGCUAUGGCAAAUUUUAAAUUCAAGGUGAUUACAAAAAUAUUGGCAGAUAGGUUAGCUGCUAUGAUGCCUGAAUUAAUUUCUUCGGAGCAGCGGGGAUUUAUACAUGGAAGGCAAAUUAAGGACUGUAUUUGUAUGGCUUCAGAGGCGGCAAACUCUCUGCACAUAAGGACGUUUGGUGGGAAUAUUGCUUUGAAGAUUAAUGUGGCAAAUGGAUUUGAUACUUUGGAAUGGCCUUUUCUUCUCAAGGUGCUUAAAGCUUAUGGUUUUUGUCAAAAAUUCUGUCAUUGGAUUGAGGCUAUUCUUGGGUCUGCAACUUUGUCUAUAUCUGUUAACGGUUCCUUACAUGGAUAUUUCAAGUGUUCGCGUGGGGUUCGACAAGGUGAUCCUCUAUCACCCUUGUUGUUCUGUCUCGCGGAAGACGUACUUAGUAGACAUAUAUCUAAAUUGGUGGAAGAGAAGAAAUUAAAAUUAAUACAGGCCUCUAGAGGAGUAACAAUUUCGUCACAUUGUUUAUACGCAGACGACAUAAUGAUAUACUGCACGGGCAAGAAAAGUAAUCUUCAGUGGCUCCGGAAUCUCUUUUCCCGUUAUGCUAAUUGUCCAGGGCAAUCUGUGAUAGAUUACUGUCCAAAUAUACUAUCUAUUGUAAAUAAAGUAGUGCUCCCGACUGAGAACAGAGAGGACUGUCUGGUGUGGAAGCUGUCUGAUACGGGAGAUAUGUCAUUAAAGCAAGCCUACGACUUCAAGUGCAAGACUAACAUUCAGCUUCACUGGCCCAGAAACCUGCUAAGAUUUCAGAAUAUGUCAACAUCUUGGAGAAAUGAGAUAACCUACAUCAAAGCUCAUGUGACGCUCGCCGGCACUUGGACUACUCAUACUUUCCGGAAUUCUUUGGAGAAUUUCCGGAUUCUGAAAUUGUUUGAUAUCCCGGUUCACCCUCCUCGUCCUCUUGUGACCAAAGAAAUUUUUUGGGUGCCUCCGCUCGAAAAUUGGGUGAAGGCUAAUACUGAUGGAGCGGCCAAUAACGUCACUUCAGCUUGCGGUGGUAUCUUUCGUAAUAGUACAGGUGAUUUCAUCGUCGACUUCUCUGAAAACUUAGGACCUCAUAAUACGUUUUACGCUGAAAUUUUUGGAGCUAUGCGAGCUAUUGAAGUGGCGCAACAACACCAAUGGCAACAUUUAUGGUUAGAAACAGACUCUUCUCUUGUGGUAAAGGCUUUCAAAAACCAAGCAUCUAUUCCUUGGUAUCUUAGGAAUAGAUGGCAUAACUGCCAGGCGUAUACUAGACAGAUUCUUUUUUUGGUUACACAUGUGUAUAGAGAGGCCAAUCCAUGUGCCAACUUGUUGGCAAAUGAAGGACUUUCGGUAGAUGAUUACCAGUCCUUUAUUUCUAUUCCGCAAAGUAUAUUAUCUAGCGUAAUUUCCAACAAGUUAGGACGGCCUAACUUUAGAAUUUCUUUUGUCUAG